AUGUCAAAUGAGAUUUCAAGUAAGGUCAUAGUCUGGCCUUCUGCCAUUGAAGAGCAAAGAGAAGUGGCAGAGAUCGUUGCAUCCCAUACUAGAAGCAACAAUAACCAGCACUUAAAGAAUCAAUAUCUCAAUGAGCCUUAUGACAGUCUGUGA